UAAUAUUAAAGCUAAGCAAUUGUGAAGAGUAUUCGAUUCUUUAUCAAAUAUUGUGUACACCUUCAAGUACAAGAAAAAGAUGCAUGAAUAUAGGGAUAUUAUCAUAUAAAUUUGUUAAUCUCAAUCAUAACACUUUAUGGAAAUGGAAACAAUUAUACCAUAAUUGGAUGAAGUCGGCAGAACUACAAAUUUUGACUGCGUCAGAGCCUUUAUCGUUGGAGGAAGAAUAUGCAAUGCAAAAAUCCUGGAGAAAUGAUGAAGAUAAAUGUACUUUUUUGAUAUUAUCAAAAGAAACAUUUGAUACAACAAAUGAUGAAUUGAAAUCUCUUAUUGGUGACACAAAUUUAUUUCUACAAUAUGAAGAUGAUCAGAAUGAAAAAGUGGCAGAGUGCGAGAUAAUGAUUGCUGAAAAAGAAUAUCGUAGAAAAAAACUGGGGUGGGAGUCGAUGCUUUUAAUGUUAAAAUAUGGGCAGUGUAUUUUAAACUUAAACAAAUUUGUAGCCAAAAUUAAUGAGAACAAUGAAAACAGCAUUUAUAUGUUUAAAAAAAUGAAUUUCAAUGAAAUUUCUAGAUCAGAAAUAUUCCAUGAAGUCACUUUAGAAAGAAAAGUUGAUGAGACUUGGACUACUUGGUUAGAUUCACAGGUGGAUUUACAAAUUGAGAGUUACAAAUAAUUAAUUUUAAGUUAAAAUUUGAAAAUGCAUAAAUAAUAAAUUUUAAAUAUAAUUUUAACUAUGAAAUCCUUAAAACUAUUAAAAAGCAUUUUAAUGGAUCAAAAAACAUUUUUUUAUUUAAAAAUACUUACCUACA